AUGGCCCCGCAAUCUUUAUCAUCCGGUCACGCCUCCAUUUCAAUAGACGGCACUUCUAAAGUACCCCGUCAAGGCUCUGCCGACUCUUCCCCAAGCUUAAUCGUACAGACCAACUCGCUCUCACUCGAGGAACUAAAGUCGCGUUUUCUCGACCCCUCCCUUCUCACAUUCGCCACCAACACCUGCAAUGGUACUCUACAAUCCUACAAUAUCGAGUUAUUUAAAUCAUCAACAUUGCCUUCUGAUGUAUUCGACAACUGCUUCGAUUUACUGGAAGCAAACAUGUCAGCGGCGUAUAAAGCUACGUCAAGGGGUUGGAAUCCACGAAAGAAAAAGGAGGAAAUGAAACAUCCUGCUAUGCGGUAUUUGGUUCUUACCGUUGUCGAGUCCGAUGACAAGUCGGGUUUUGUCGGGUUCCUUGAGUUCAUGAUCACAGAGGAGGAAGGUUCGGAGGUGAUAUAUACAUAUGAGUUAGAUAUUUUGCCGGAUCAUCAAAAACUUGGGUUGGGGAAGAAGUUAUUAGAUGUGGCAGAGGAGUUUGGACGGAGAGUCGGGGUUGAAAAAGCUAUGUUGACGGUUUUUGAUAGCAAUAAAGGUGCGAGGAGGUUCUAUGAAAGGGAGGGCUACGAUUUGGACGAGAUCUCGCCGGAGCCAAAGGUCCUUAGAAACGGCACAAUAAAGCCUUCUACCUAUCAUAUUUUAUCAAAAGCGUUUUGGGCUGACGAGGAUGGAGAAGACGACGACGAUGAAACUGACGAUGAAGGUGGAGACGAAGAUGAAGACGAGUGA